AUGGCGUCAUUCCCUCGCCUUAUUCGCCUUUUCGGCGACACCCGAAGCAUUUCCAAAGGCAAAGCGCUCCACGCCAAGAUCAUCAUAUCUGGGAUGGCCCAAGAUAUUUGCACUAACAACCAUUUGCUAGCAAUGUAUGUGAGGUUCGACCGUAUUUUCGAUGCACGUAAAGUGCUUGAAGAAAUGCCUGAAAGAAACGUCAUUUCCUGGACUGCGUUGAUUUCGGGAUAUUCUCAAGUUGGUAUGCCGGGAAAGGCCCUAGACUGUUUCAGUUUGAUGAUUAAUGAUGGUGUGGAGCCAAACUAUUAUACUUUUGUUAGUGCUGUUUCAGCUUGUGCUAGCUUAGGUGAUGGUAGAGCUGGGAGGGAAGUUCACGGCAAGAUUUAUAGGAGUGGGGUGGAUUUUAGUACACCUGUUAGUAACAGUUUGAUUAAUAUGUAUGGAAAAUGUGGGUUGCUGAAGUCAGCUCAGUUGGUUUUCGAUGCAAUGUUGUUGCCGAAUUCGAUUUCUUGGACUUCACUUCUUUCUUGUUAUAAUCAACGGGCAGAUAACUUGAAGAGUUUGAAUAUAUUUUUGAAGUCGAGAAGGGUGGGUGUGAAAAUUAAUGAGUUUGCUUGUGCAAGUGUUUUGAGUGCAUGUGCAGGAUUGGAAGACUUGAAGUUUGGAAUGCAAAUACAUUGCUUGGUGGUUAAAUGUGGACUUGAGUUCGACAAAUUUGUUGAGACAGGGUUGAUAAGUGUUUAUGCAAAGUGUGGAGACCUGAACUUGGCUUGUCAGGUGGUUUUGGAGGUAAACCAAUCAAAGUUGGCUGCUUGGAAUUCAUUAAUUGGAGGCUAUGUUCAACAAGGCAAGAGAAGAGAAGCAAUUGAUAUUUUUCUUAAGCUUUACUCUUCAGGAAUCAGGCCUAGUGAAAGAACAUUCUCUUCUAUACUUGGAGCCAUCGCUGAUGCAGAAAAUAUUGAACUUGGGAACCAGCUUCAUACUUUGAUCAUUAAAAUGGGAUAUAGUUCAUUUUUAGUUGUCAGAAAUUCUGUGCUAGACUUUUACUCAAAAUGCGGGUUUCUUCAAGAAUCAUUGAGAACUUUUGAAGAUAUUGAUGACCAUGAUACAGUCUCAUGGAAUUCUCUGAUCUCUGGGUAUGUUAGGUCAGGUCAAUAUGAGGAUGCCAUCAAACUCCUAAAAAAUAUGUUAUUUCAGGGAUAUAAACCCAAUCUUUACACAUAUUCCAUCAUUUUGGGUGUAUCUAGUGAUUUCCCAGCAAUUGAAUGGGGAAAGCAGACACAUUGCUGUAUUAUUAAACCUGCAUUUGAUUCUAAUGUCAUUGUUGGAAGUGCCCUUAUAGACAUGUAUGCAAAAUGUGGGGUACUGAAUGCUGCUCGAGAAGUUUUUGAUUCUCUAACUUCGAAAAAUUUGGUUUCUUGGAAUACUAUGCUUACAGGGUAUGCUCAACAUGGAUUCGCGAGAGAAGCACUAGAGAUUUAUAGUAUGAUGCAGAGAGGUAAAGUCAAACCUAAUGAUGUCACUUUCAUUGGGUUAUUAUCUGCUUGUGCUCACGCUGGUCUUUUAAAGGAGGGUUUGUACUACUAUGAUUCCAUGACUAGGGACCAUGGUAUUGCUCCAAGGCUUGAGCAUCUAGCAUCAAUUGUCAAUCUUCUUGCUCGUAAGGGAGAAACUAGAAGAGCUUAUGAGAUCAUAAGGAGCUUCUCUAUGGAGCCAAGCAAGGUGGUUUGGCGAUGUCUUUUAUCGGGCUGCAAAAUCCACAAGGACCUAGUCUUAGGAAGACUUGCUGCAGAGAAAAUUUUGAGUAUUGAUCCAGAAGAUACUUCAGCUCAUAUUAUGUUAUCGAACAUAUAUGCAGAGGCCAAAAUGUGGGAUAAAAUAGCGGAAUUGAGAAAAAUCAUGAAGGAUAAAGCAAGGAAGAAAGAUACAGGAUGUAGCUGGAUAGAAUCGAAGAACAAGAUGUAUUCUUUUUCUUCAAGUCAUUCUACAAAAUUUGAAGGGGUCAACCUAAUUGAAGUUUUGAAUCAAUUGACAGUACAUUUGUCUGAUGCAGGAUAUUUUCCUCAUACAUCGUUCUAUCUUUCACAAGAAAGAGCUUAG